AUGUUGAUCCAGUUACUCUCUACCCAUACCCCAUCCUCAAACCCGUGCUUACCCAGCUUCCAGCGUGAGACUCGACGAAGCUCAUCUCGUGCGUCACGUAAAACGACCCGUGAACCUGAAUCUCACGCCUCAAAUCACUCUCAAUCAUCCUACUCUCUACCUCCGACUCCUGUCACUACCUCAUUUGAAGAAUCUUUCCCGUCGGCCAAACGACGCAAAACGCAACGAUCUGUGAAUCAAACCACGCAGACUCCCAAAGGAAAGGAAUCCACGGAGACUCCUAAUACGUCUACUUCCAAGGGACCUGUGGUCUCAUCUCAAGCCACUGACAGUGUCUCCAAGAGGAGGGACCGAAAUCGAAAAGCCGUGACUUCCAACAGUGAGCUGACUUCCAACACCGGCUCUCCCAGUGAACCGGCUGUUCCUCAGACCAAACCGCGUCCAGAACAGUCGCAAUCAACGUUGCAUCACUUUCUGCUGAAGAAACCUCAACCGAAGCGGCAGUCUUUGGCGACUACUACUCUCCCUACUUCUACCUCCACCCCUCGUGUUACUUCCUCUGCUUCUUCUACCCCGCGUGCCUUGUCCACGUCGGCUUCUACACCCCGUGUCACUUCUACUCCUGUCAGUACUCGCAAGGAUCGUAAUCCCAAGAGCGCUGAGACCCCAAACUCCAACGUCGCGAAAACUCCUGCGGAGAUCAAGACUGAGUCUGCACCUGCGGAAACUGCUACCAAGCUCUCCAGUACGCAGGACAAGAAUUCAUCCAAACCUCAAACACCUAUUGCACCAUCUCGCCCGUCUACCCCUCUCGUCUCCACCAGUAGAGCGCGCCGUACGGGCCGCAAAGCUGCCGGUACCACCAACCCCAGUCGCUUGAACCCAGCCACUGAACAUACUCAAUCCACUCCGGUCGAACAGAUAUCAACUCCAACCACAUCAUCCGAAAUGGGCAACGCCAAGUCCGUCCCUUCCCGUGCCUCCAAGAAGGGGAGCACUCGACCUCAGCGCAGCAGUCGUCGCUCGCUGAUUGAGCCCGGAACUCUUAGCCAAACCCCCAACUAUCUGAACAGCAACAACAACAAAGUCAGCGACCGCUCCUCGGGCGCAGGGUCGCUCACCCCCGCGCUGCAGUUUGGCCGGGAGCUCGCGGAGAGCAUUGAAUCCACCACCCCAGCCUCCGACGACAAGGUCCUGGGGGAUUUCGGGACUCCGAUUCCCGACGAGAACAACACCCCCGGCGCGACUCCUUACGGGGAUAGCUUCCACUUCGAGUAUGACACAGAUAUGUACCGCAACAACUUUGGCCUCGAUGGGACCACUGAGACGCCCGGCUCUCCCACAGGAAGCCUGACCACGGCGACGUCAGCUGGCAACCGCAUUUCCACUAGACUGCGCAAGCCGACCAUCAAGGCCAUGGAGUCGAUCGAAUCCGAGCGGCGGUUCCGCCGGCCUCCCCGUUCGGCGUCGGCUCGACCCGAUGGUCCCAAAGGUCCCCCGUUGAAGUGGGAUGCAGUGGCCUUAGGCAUUCAGAUCUUUGAUUUGGCAAAUGCGGCUCUUGCUCCUGAGUCUGAGGCUGUCGCAGAAGCGGAGAACUGGCUGGCUGAGCUUCGCAGUGAGUUUGAGGUCAAGCAUGCAGAGAGGGAGAAGGUGCGCCUGGAGCGGGAGAGACUGGAGAAGGAAAGGGAGGAAACGGAGGAGAGGGAGAGGGAGUUGAGAAAGAAGGAUGAGAAAGAACCCGCGGAAAAAGAGGCUCAGGAAAAGCCAAAUGGUCAAGCGGAUGUUGCGGAAGAGGAAAUUGAUGUGAUGGAGAAGGAAGGUGAUGUGAUGGAGAAGGACGUGGUGGAGAAUGGAGAGAAGAACGAAGCAAAGAAGGCGAGCAGUGAGCCGGAAAUCACAGAGAAGGCCAAUUCAGAGAAGGCCAAUUCAGAGGAGGCCAAUUCAGAGGAGGCCAAUCCAGGGGAGGCCAUUCCAGGAGCCAAUCCAGAGGCCAUUGCAGAGCCAAAUGCAGAGCCCAAUGCAGAGCCAAAUUCCGAGAAAGAAUCUGCGGAGAAGAACUCUGCGGAGAAGGACUCCGUGCAGAAAGAGAAAAGCGAGGGCGAGGCUGAGAAAACCAGUCCACCUGCGGAGCAGCUUUCGAAAGUGUCGAGACCACAGAGACCGGUGCGUGCAACACGCAAUAAACGGCCUCUCACCGAGGAGCAACCCUCAAAGGAGACAAAGACCAAGGACAAAGCAAAAGCGAGAGGGGCCAGUAAGCCAACCUCCUCGGGGGACAAGUCGAAGGAGUGGACUGACGAAGACGGCUUCACGUACACAGGCCAAGUCAAUAAAUUCGGCGAGGAACUGGUGUAUGUUGGCGGCGAGUACGAAUGGUAUCGACCCAACAACACUUACGGGGAUGACAAGCUGCCGCUGCCUCCUGUCCGCCUCAUUUCGCGCGACCAGCUGGAAAAGGACCGUAUCUUUGGCUUUCCCCCUCUGAUGGGCGAGAGAAACAUCCCACGUGCGACGCACAUGCCCUUCACCUAUGAAAACGUUUAUGAGGAACGCGCGAAGAUCAAGGCCCGGGAUGAAGCGCGCAAACGUGGCAUUGAAGUGGACCGGUUCAUGCCCUCUGCUGUCAUUCACGCCCUGAUAGCUGAGCAUGACAAGACCUCGAGUGACAAGGGGAAAUCCGGCUCAGGGGUGGAACACAAGGGCCCGGCUCCGCGCAAGCGACGCCGUGGCGCAGAGCAACCCACCGAGGCCGCACAAGCCGCCAAACGACGUCGCAAGGAGGACACUCCCCCUCGCGCGGCAGACCAGCCCAAGACUCUGCGCAUCAAAUUGACUCUGAAGGGCGCAGCAGCGGCAGCCGCGGCGGCGGAAAACGCCGGCUCUCCAAAGGACUCAUCGAAGAAGCGCACCCGUUCUGAGAUCGAGACCGCGCCUGAAGCAAACGGUGUUCCAGACAGCAAGACCCCACAGGGCCGGCCUUCAAAGCUUCUCAAACUCUCCGGCCUGCGCCGUGAUCCAGUCUCGACUCCGGCCAAGUCGACGGCGACCCCAGCCACGCCCGGGGGCGGGAACAAAAACACCACUGCUACACCUGCGCCUGCUCCUGUGCCUACACCUGCCACGGCCCCCGCCCCCCAGGCUUCGACUCCGGUCACCGAAGCCAGUACCGCAGUCCCAGGAACUACUCCUGGCGGCCGGCCCCGGCGGCGAGCCGCAGCAGCCUUGAUGGCGGAAUUCCAGACUCAUGCGGAGCAGAGGGCGCGCCGCGCCAACGCCCGCAAGAAGGAGCCCACCACCUAG